AAGAGGCAACCAAGCGAGUGGUACUGGCUGUUCUCUGGUGCUGUGGCUCACGUUUUGGUACAAGAGGCCGAGACUGUCGGAGCGACUGUGACCUCUGCGGCGGCGGCUUAGGUUCUCGGAGGAGUGGCAGAGUACGAUCUGAAGGAAGGACUUCUGGUGAGCCCAGGUAGCCCAGAGGUGAACGCCAGGGAAGCAGAAGAACUUGAGAGAGGCAGAAUCCACUGAACUUGGGAGCUUUGCAAGUAUGGCAAAUACAUCACCCAAUGUAAAAUCCAAAGAGGACCAGGGGUUAAAUGGCCAUGAUGAGAAGGAAAACCCAUUUGCAGAGUACAUGUGGAUGGAGAAUGAAGAAGAUUUCAACAGACAGGUGGAAGAGGAACUGCAGGAACAAGACUUCUUGGAUCGCUGCUUCCAGGAGAUGCUGGAUGAAGAAGACCAAGACUGGUUCAUUCCAUCACGAGACCUGCCCCAGGCUGUUGGACAGUUGCAACAGCAGCUCAACGGAUUGUCAGUCAGCGAUGACUGUGAUUCUGAAGAUAUUUUGAGCAAAAGCAACCUGAAUCCAGAUGCCAAGGAGUUUAUUCCAGGAGUGAAGUACUGAGGCGGCAGAAUGCUUUGAGGAGGACUUAUCUGUCCCCACAUCUGGGGACAGUGAUGCACAAAACGGCAGUGCUGAAGAGGGGGUGGGGCGGGCAAGGGGUGCACGGCGGGGAAGGGGAAGGGUUAAUGCGGUACUGUGCCUCUGAGUAACUAAUGUGCUCAGUCUUACUCUACACGCCUCUGAGUAUUUCUCUUUUGUUGUGCUGACUUUCAUUUGGAGCAGUUUCCUGGGUCUUCUAGGGUUUUUUUUUGUUUGUUUUUUGUUUUUUGUUUUUUUUCAGUGAGCUUGUUUGUAUUAAGGAAACUUCCUUCAUCAGGAAUGGUCUGCUGUGUGUGUUUAGGCAAAAUAAGUUGAUCAAGAAAAGCUGGGUGUUUAAGAAAUGCCCUUCCCACACUGCUGUACACACCCCGGGGCAGGGGGUGCCUGUGGCGUCUGAUCAACAGGAUGCAAAGAAGGGCAAGCGGACGAGUCAGGUGGUGCAGACCAGGACACAAGGCUCAGCGCCCUGGGCCCUGGAAUUUCCUACGAUGAGCUGGGAUUACCACUGGCCCACCUAGCCUGUGUCGCCCUGCCCUGCACACCACUCACAAAAACCCAGACUUCAGAUAGUUGGUUUAUAGGAGCUCUUCCGAUGGUUGAUGAGAGGCCGUAAGUCAGAGGGAGGCGGCUGUGGUGGUGAUGGUCAGUGAAGUCCUGUUAUUGUUGGCUCUUUCCUGAAGCCUCUGUUCACUGCUGUCGUCAAGCUCAUCACUUGCAAGGGACGAGAGCAGUAGGUUCAUUUGCUGCCUCAUCCCUCAUGUGUCUAUUCCUACCUCCUUCCCACCCCAGCCGCACCCUGCCUUUAAGAUGUUACCGAAGACAUAGGAGAAGUUUGCUGUGCUUGAACCUGGAGAAGUCAUCCUGGAGUUCUGUUAGCUGUAUUUUCAGUGUAUUUGGACAGUGAUUUUUUCUAAUCCAUCAGCACUUGGUCCUCCUGGUAUCUUAAUUCCCUUUGUAAGGUUUAUGCACUUUUUUCAAGGAAAUGUGUUUUUUCAGGACACUAGUAAGCAGCUCCGUUCUGUUUGGAUGCUUCUCUGCACCCCACGGAACUACACAAGAGGAACUCAAGAGCAACCUAGGGGAGUGAGUCCUGCUUGACCCGAUGACCAUGUGCCUGGCCCUCUGUGGUGUUUCCACCUGUUAGAAACUGUUGUUGUUCCCUGUAUGUGAGUUUUCCAGGGGAUCCUGUCUGCCUUUCCCACCUGGGGCAUCUUGCUGGUACUCCCGAGGCACCAGGAGCUGCCUGCGUGUGUAGAGGUACAGGUGGCAGUGUUGUGUGUGAAAGAGCAUGUCCGGUCGUGGCCAUGCUGCCAAGAUGAGGACGUGCAGGAGCCCGAGGAUGGGAGUGCUUUCUGUGCGACUGCUGCUGUGCUGUGCAUGAGGCUGGAAAGAAAAGGUUGUGUAACUUGAAGUUGGUAUAAAUUCAGUAUGUGGAUGUGGAACCGAGGUUGCAAGGAAAGGACUUAAGGGUCUGGAAAGCUGAAGAAAUUCCUGCGAGCUCCGUCGUUGACCAUGUGACCAGCCACAAGCUAGCACAAGAUUAAUGUACAAACCCACAUCUUUUUCCUCCUUUGAGUCUAUAGGAUGGCAGCAUUUCAUGGAUGGUCACAUGUCACGGGAGAGUAUGUAGCUUGGGGAACUUGGAUGAUCAGACACGCACGAUUCCCCAAGCCUCUGCCUCUGGGGAUUGAAAGUGUUAGUUUGUCCAGGGAGGACCAUGAGUAAAGAAUCAGCUGGCUUUGUUGACUCUGGAAGGACACAGUGUUGGAAGUGCGUAAGCAGAGCCGACCGCUCUCUUCCGGGACUGCUCUUUCUCUUCAGUCUCCCCUCGCCUGGCGGUGUUCACAGUGCCUAGGCAGUUGGAAAUGUGUGGGGAGCAUAGGAAGUGUCUGUGACAAGAAGUACCAUGGACUUGUGUUCAGCUGCCCGUUAGGAAAGUACUGCCAGGAUCCACUUCUGCAUCCUCAAUGUUUGUUCUUGUGAUUCCUGGGUAGGCUUAGCUGCCAGGUGCCACCCAAGAGGCUUGUCUUUCCUUCUGCAGCGCUGGUCCAUUUUGGGUGUCAGUCUUUGGCAUGUUCACAGGGUGUGUUGGGUUGGGACUAAGAAAGCACAGAAUCUGAAGGCUGGAACUUCUGCCCAGACCCAGAGAGUGCUGAUUCCAGGGUCAGGAAGCAGCUAGCAAGGUGAUCCUUUUUUGUUAACAUGCAGGACUUGUGCUUCUAACAGUUCCUCUUGUCGCCGCCUAUUUUAUGUUGCAAGGUGGGAGCACUGCUGUCACCGGGUCACAGGUCUGGUUAUGGUUUUACCGACUUCUUAGCAGAAAAGGUGUAUGGGUCUUCCUGGACCUUCCCUGGGGAAAGGCUGGGAGCCUCUGUCUGUCUUGGACUUUUCCUCACAGGACAGGCUCUGGGUGCGAGCCAGGCUGAAUGCCUUUACCAUUUAAUGGUGAGCCUUGUAUUUGUAAGUGAUACUUUUGAUGUUGAGGUUAAGUCACUACUUGGAUCAAACUUUUUUCCUUUUUGGCAACUAGAAGUUUGAGAAUGUGUAUAGAAAUGGAGCAUGUAUUUUUAACAGUUGCCAGUCUGGCUGGUCCCAGUGUUAGUGGUGAUUGACUUCUGUUUUCGUUAUUGUGAUUAUUUAUUUGACUCUGAAACUCCAAGAUGAAGAUAACCUAUGUCCUUAUCUUCAAGGGGGAAAAAAAAAGUAGAGGAAUGUCUUUUCCAUUUUUCUAGGCCUUUGAACUGUGGCAGAAAAUCUGAGGAUAUUGCCUGGACCUGGGCCCAUUUCUAACUGUAAUAGUUAGCUUUUGGGACUCAUAUAAGGUCAAACCCAAAGAUGACAAGGCACAGGCUGGACCUUUGCAGCCUCUUUAGUUUCCAAAGUCAGAACAGCUGGGCUCUCUUUAGUUAUAAUAUGGCAGUGGCUUAAAAAUAAAUAUUUUUAGUGAAAUAUUAAGCCGCAUUUUCCAAAGGUUGGUUGCUGUCAUGUCAAAGUUUUGCCUUGACUUUGGAGAGGCUGGAAGGUAGGGAAGGCAGAGGAACACUCAGGCACUUCCCAUGCCAGAGAGGAAAGCUUUGUAAACAGGCAACCCCAGUACACAGCCUGCAGCUUUCCCCCUUGCCUUCAGGCUGCUGUGAGCCCAGUGUAGACAGAUGGCUGUUUAUAUUCCCGAGUGCACCUACUGCACCUGGAGAGAGCAGGCUACCUUCAGUAAGGGCCCUUGGGUGGUACUGAGGUGUGGGAACUGGUGGUGGAGAAGUGACAAACCUGCCCACGAUUUGGAGGCAUCCGCCUGAUGGGAAAUACCAUGUCUCCGACCACUCUCCUCUGGGAUACCGUGAAUGUCAUUAGUGUGGGGAGCCCCCUGGAAGGCUCAGCAUUGACCUGGAUGUGGUGUGUAGUAGGGACCUUGACCUCCUGCCUUUGCCUGCAAGUCCCUGUGUGAAUCACUUCACACCUCACUGCCCCUGGAGAUCAUUAGCUGUGUGGGUCUGGGUGGCAUGCAAUGGACCUCCUGCAGCCUCUGCUGUGCUGCCUUGUGAAUUUCAUCCUUGGACUUGGUUGGCCGUAGUUGGGAGUCUGUUUUUUUUCCUCUUUUGUUUUGAUCUCCUUUAUUGAAGUUGCUAUUGGUACGGAGACAGGGGAGCAGGAAGCCUACCUAAGGAAACACUCAAGUUUCCUGGGUGCUACUUUGCGUUGUGCCCCCACUGCCCAACCUCUUCCUGUGCUGCCCCAUCAGUCUUUAUUUUCAGGGGAGGGGGGUCAUGGGAAUAGGACAGCUGGAUACGGGUCUCUACAGGGUGUCAGCCAAGCGCGUCACACUCCCAAGAGAUCUGUGGAUGGACAGACGAAUGCAUCAUCUUUUAUUAGAAUCUCACCUCUGAGAUUUGCUGAAUUUUCACCCCAAUCCUACCUUCUUACUGGCUGCCUUUUUUGAAAAAUAAUAAAGAAAGUCUAGCUAUUUAAUACUACAAAAAUACUACUGCAGCAAUAAAGUCGUUAAAUGAUAUUUUACAGUUACUAAAAUGUAUUUGCUAAAACAGUGAAACGUUUCACUCUGUAAAUCAGCACUAAGUGAUGCUCCUGUCCUGCUUCCUGUGAGCCUUCAAACACGUUUAACUGAUGCACGAAGGGUGCUUUGAGAGACAAGGAGUGCUGUUUUUAAACAACUUUAAUGAGGCAUGUUUUACAUAUAUCAUAAAAUUCACCCACUUCAGGUAUACGAGUCAGUGAUUUCAGUAACCUUCUCCAGUGGUGCAGCCACAGCCCUCUCAGUAAGGCCCUUCGUGCUCAGUUACAAUUCAUCCCUGUUCCCUCCUCCAGACCCAGGCUCCCACGAGGAGCUUUCUAUCCCUAUAUGUCUGCCUUUUCCGGACAUUUCAUCCAGUCUGUGAUCUCCUCACGUGGCUCGGUAUCUCUGUGGUUCACCCAUGACCUGCGAGAUGUCUGGGUAGUUUGUCCCAUUUCUUGCUGAGCAGCAUUCCACCGAGGGGCCACAUCUGGUCAGCCGACAGCCUUCUAAACUUGGAUUUCAACUUCCUGUGACCUAAAUGGAACCCUCUGGGCAUAGGAACAGAGGACUUGUCGGGGAGACUGCAAUGCACGCCAGAGAGCUCUGCUUAUCAGAACCAGCUUUGUCAUCAGAAGCCACACAGGAACCUGAACUGCUGCAGAAAUCUUUAUAAUUUUGCAACCGUUUUAUAAAGAGCUUUUGUGCUGUCUACAACACAAGGACUUUCAAAGCAUCUGCUAACUCCACUUAAUGAGUCUGGGCAUGUGUCUUGAGUGGACAUGAAAGUGAAACCAUCAGUGCCAUACAGGAUGUCUUUCCUUGCCCAGACUGGAUGGGGAAAUCUGUGAACUUUCUAAAUAACUCAUGCAGUACCGUGUCCCUAUUUAUAAAGCUGAGUAUGUAUUAAACAUCACGCUGCUUGGUCGGACACAUGUCAGGCUGACAGCAGAGGCAGAUGGGGAGACACGCCUGGGGCCUGUGGUGGCAGCAGCCCCCAGGGCCCGUGCAUGGUGCUUGACGUGCUGACACUGUCAUGGGGCAGCCUGGCACCUCCAGAAGGAGGGUCUAGACUUUGAACCUUGACCCGUUUCACAAGUGUUUAUAAGCUGUUUUUGCUCUUUUUUUCCCUAAGUGAACAUGACAUGGUAGUUAUUAAUACUUCUUUGGGGGAGGGACAGGGCUUUCAUUGAAAAAAAUAAUUUUCAUAAAAAUAUCAAAAAUGAAAAAGUUACUUUAAAUUUUUUUGCUAUACAAACCAAAUGGCAGCUGUUGAAAAUCUCAAUAAAAUGAGAAUAAAAUGCA